AUGGCUUUUCUGAGUAAAUUCGGAAACAUAUUAAAACAGAGCAAGCAACUCAAUGCUUCGUCAAGCCCUUCGCUUUUUCAGGCGAUAAGGUGCAUGUCAUCUUCUAAGCUCUUUAUUGGAGGUAUUGAGUAUGGGAUGAAUGAGGAUAGCUUAAGAGAAGCUUUCAGCAAGUACGGUGAAGUCGUUGAAACUAGGGUUAUUUUGGAUCGUGAAACUGGUAGGUCGAGAGGAUUUGGAUUUGUUACUUUCACCUCUACGGAGGCUGCUUCUAGUGCUAUCCAGGCUUUGGAUGGUCAGGAUCUCCAUGGACGGAUUGUUAAAGUGAAUUAUGCACAUGAUAGAACAAGUGGCGGCGGAUUUGGUGGUGGCGGCUAUGGGGGUGGUGGUGGCGGCUAUGGGGGUGGUGGUGGCGGCUAUGGAGGUGGUGGCUAUGGUGGUGGUGGCUAUGGUAGUGGUGGCGGUGGCUAUGGAGGAGGUACUGGUGGAUAUGGAGGCGGUGCUGGUGGCUAUGGAGGUGGUGCUUCUGGCUAUGAAGGUGGUGCUACUGGAGGAUAUGGAGGCGGUGCUACUGCUGGUGGUUAUGGAGGUGGUGCUGCUGGCUAUGAAGGUGGUGCUGCUGCUGGUGGUUAUGGAGGUGGUGGAUAUGGUGCAAGUGGUGGCUAUGGAUCUAGCGGCAGCGGUUAUGGUGAGGGUUCCACUGCAGGUGCAGGCGCUGUGGGUGGCUAUAAUGGAAGUGGUGGUUAUGCUACUGGCAAUACUUACGGUAACAACAAUGGUGGAUUCGCCGGAGACAACCAGUCUGGAGGAAACCCUGUUGGCAACAGCUCUCAGUUCAAUGGUGACAAUGCUCAGUUUGGUGUUGCCGGUGAGGCUCAGUUUGGAAGCAUGGAGAAACCUGAGAUGGAGAAUGGACCUGUGGGAGAUUUCGAAGAUGGCACUGAUGUUGCCAAAAGAGCUUGA